GCAGGCAGAGAGGAGGAGACUGCGGGAGGAGAGCGAAGCCGAGGAGGCUGGCGUUCUCGUCGGGGCGGCUGCUUUGGAGCAGCUUUCCGAAGUUGCUGGACGAGAGGGGCCUGGAAAUGGAGGACUCGGGAGGGACCCCGCCCUUGCUCCGGAGGAGCGGCUUCCCCUGGGUGCCGUGAAUGUAGUUUGGCACCACUUUAUCUCCCUUGGCGCAGGGCUGUUGUGAUUUGACAAAGGUGUUGAGCCAUCUUCUGAGCCCAAGAGCGCUGGCUGGGCUCGCACCAAACUACCACGCUCGGGAUUCCAUAGCGUCGAGCCGUAGCAAUGGUGUGAAACUGCACUGAUGUGACCGUGUAGACAGGCGCUUUUCCCCAUGCGGAUGGAAGAAAACCAGAAGGCCACUCUGGACUCAUUGCCGGACUGCCUUUGCGUGUUUUCCUUCGGGUUGCUGGGAGGUCACCGGGCUGAGAGAGAGGCAGAAACUGUCGUCUCCAGGAAUUUUUCGGAGACAGUGCUAAUUAUGGACAACGUGUUCCUCACAGAGGAUAGAGCCAAUUCUGUCUUAAAAAGAUACCCCCGGGCCAAUGGACUUUUGGAAGAACUAAAGCAGGGAAACAUUGAACGUGAAUGCUACGAGGAGCGCUGUGAUAAGGAAGAGGCAAGAGAAGCAUUUGAAAAUGAUGAGAAGACAAUGGAGUUUUGGAAGGAGUACACACAUGGACUUCAUGGAGAAAGUAAUGUAGGACACAACUGGUAUCCAUUUUACCUUGUGUUCCCGUUAAUCAUUGGCCUUUUUAUUAUUCUUCUGAUAAUAUUUCUCACCUGGAGGUGCCUGUUCAGAAAGAAAAUGCGUCGAAGGUCCAUGUAUGCACAUAGCAGAACCAGAGAAUCCACUGGUAACACAACCAUUGGUGAUGGUAGAAGUUCCCUUCCUCAGCCACUCAGCAUACUUCAUUCUCCCCAGGAAGAGAUGUUUGAAGAUAAUGGACACUCCCCGGGAUAUUUUAGCUACAUGGAUGGGCAUGCAGAUUCAGUAUCAAUUAGGCUUUCAAGCUGUGACCCCCCACCAUCAUAUGAAGAAGUUGCUGGUGAAAUCUCUGGUGAAAUUGGCAUGAGAAGAAUUCAAACUGCAAAUCCCUUGGAUCCGCCUCCCCAGUAUGAAGACAUCGUGAAUAGCAUGUCAGUACCUCCAGUUACUAUCAAAUGAUCCAAGAGGAAAGAAUACCUGCUCGUUUCUUAGGAGGAUUUUUUAAAUUAAAAAAACCUUAAGACUUUGAGCACCUUAUUGCAGCUUGAUGUUUAUACCUAUAACAGUUCUUAAUUCAUUACACCAUUUUCUCUUUUAUUGCAGAUUUAGUUUGCUUUUUGAGAUUUCUUGCCCUCCCCCAGAAAAGGAAAACAGUCUGCAAUAAACAUUGUGUAUAGUUCCAGAGGUGUCAUUUCAGUUGAUUGGUAUUCCUUUCUAUAUUGAAAGUGGUUUUGGAGUUGCAGACAUAAAGGGCUCAGUAAUAACAAUACUAAAAGGGAAUUGAAUCAAAAUGGCUGUUUUUUCCAGAGCCAAACAGAAACAAAUAAAUUACUUGGCACAGAGGGUUAUUAACCAAAGAAAACCGAUGGCCAUAAGUAAAGAAAUAGGAAAUUGUUUUGAAAUAUGCAGUAUAUGGGUCACUUAACUGGUGUGUUUAAGCACUAAAGGUAUUUUUCUUGGGAAGUUACUGAACAUUUCUAAUAUUGGAAUGUUGGAACCACAUAUUGACAGUCACAAUUAAUUUUGGUCUUCUCUCCCAUGCAGUUAGAACCAUACCUGCCUACUGCAAUAGCCCCCUUCUCUUUCUUACUCUAGGGUCCAAUGGAAGUGAAUCUAACCAGUAUUCAGUUGCAUCUCAGCAAUUUGCCAACAUUUAUAUUGGUUUUCUUCCUUUCAAGUUAGGAGAUGGAUCACUGUUCUGGGUUGCAAUAUUGAGCUCUGAGUUGGAUUUGCUUUUUUUACCUCAACAAAGAAGUUCCUUUAAAGAUAGCUGUUCUCUGUUUUUUUGUGUGCUAACUUUUAAAGGCAGAUCAAAAUACUAUAUUGAUAGGAAAUUGAAAGUGAACUCUUUCAGGACUUGUUUAUUGGUAUCGGAUUGUAAGUUGUUUUGCAGAUGGAUGAUGCAUUUCAGAAAUUACUCCUCACAACACUAGUGAUGCCCUCAAGUGACAUCAGUUGCGAACAAGUUUGACAGUUACAAAUCUAAGUCUUAUUUUAGUACAAAUUGCAUAAGUCUGAAAUAAAGAUAUGGUAUGAAUGAAAGACAAAAUCUUUUCAUGUUAGUUUAGAAAACCAUUAGAAAUUGUUGGUAUUCCUUUAAAAUCUGAUACAGUUAAAAUAAAAUCAGAGUUUCCAGCCUGCUACUUCAUUGUGACAUAAAAUACUCUAGAGCAGUGGUUCUCAACCUGUGGGUCCCCAGAUGUUUUGGCCUUCAACUCCCAGAAAUCUUAACAGCUGGUAAACUGGCUGAGAUUUCUGGGAGUUGUAGGCCAAAACAUCUGAGGACCACUGCUAUAGAGGUAUAUUUUUUUCAGUGGGCAUCACCUUCACUCCUACAUUUUCAUGGGAUGAUGACAUAAACCUUUAAGAAGUAAAAGAAUAAGGUGGUCAGGGAAGAAAACUAUGCUAUUCGUAGAACUUGAAAGUAAAAGAUUAAACGAAUUGAGCUCUUGAUCUGCUUGUUUGGUAAAACAUCAUUUUUCCUGUGGUGUUCUCAGUGAGACUGUUAGAAUACAAAAUCAGGUUUUUGUUUUUAUAUGAGACUGUUUUAUAUCUGCUGUUAUUUGAAGUGGGUAUAUUUUCUUGAACUCUGGAAAUAACUCAUAAUGGAAAUAACUCAUUAGAACCAGGUGGCAGUGGUUUUUCCAAGUGUUAUUAAAUGAAACAGAUACAGUGUUAAUUUUACAUCAUUACAUAUAAUUAUCCUCUGCAUUUUUCCCUUUGCUUGUCUGCACUUGCUGCCUUGUGUGUUCCCACUUUGUUUCUGCCCAUUCUCAGACUUCGGUAUUUGGAUCAGUGAUAGUAGUUGUUGGCACUAAACCAAGAAAAAGCCACUUGAAUCUGCUCAUAUAUUAUACAGUACUAUACCACUGAAUGUCAUUUCUUGGUUUCCAACAAGGCAUAUCUGUAUUUGCCAUGUGGGAAUGGAUAAUUUUUACUUUUUUUCAAGGGCCAGCUUUCCUUCUUGAAGGAAUUAAUCAUCCUUUCUCUAACAGGGAAGUUUUUACUUUCCUGAUUGUGACCCCAUCUCCCAAAUAGCAAUAAUUAAUAAUCUUGAUGAAUCUUUGCAAGCACUCAAAUAUACAUGGACAACAAAGUCCAUUCAGUAAGCUUAACUCAUUUUGGCAGAGUUAUUCUUCAGCAAACUGCUUAAGCUUGUUUAUGUCAAUUAUAAAUGAGUGUAUAUGGAUACAUAAUCACCUAAAAUUACUACUGCCAAAAAGGUUUAUUUAUAAUAUGCACAGGAAAAUUUUGACAAGUGUUCAUAAUAUGGUGUAAAUUUGGUCUUUUGAGUCACAUUCAUCUAAUGACCCAUUGUGGGUGAUCCAGAUGACUGUUUUUGGGUUUGUUUGUUUUUUUAAACUUUGCUACAACACCCUUAGCCAGAAUUGGUUUAUUCUUCUGUUAAGGUGCUUCAUAUCUAUUCUACAAAUUAUUUGUGGUGCAGCAGAGAGAAAUCUAGGCUUCUUGGCAAUUAUGUGGUUGGUUUCUUUGUUGCUGUACACCAAGAAUAAAAACAGUAUGAGUUUUUAAAUAACUCAAAUACAAAUAUGUGCUUUUACAGUACUUCAGUUUAUUCCUACCUUUGUAGAUUUUUUUCCUUUUAUUGCUGUGAUUCCAUUUCUAUGAACUAUUGAAUCUGAAAUUUCCUAUUAGAAUAUUUUUCUGCUUUUCCAUUUUGAUUUGAUCAAAUUUAUUAAUCCAACAUACAGCAAUUUAUACAGAGCUUUUAUUUUUUCAUUAUAUACUUAACUAUUUUUAAAUAAAAUUAUUGCCUUGCAAUGUAAUAUAAUAAGACAUAUAACCUCACAUCUCGGUGUUCUAGGUGUUUGAAUGUGUUGUUUUCUGCUACUAUUAAUAGUUCAAACAUAGAGAAUAAAAUGGCAUUAUCUUGUGAUGUUCUAAAUACUUCUAAAUUACUACAGACCAGUCAGAAUGUAGAAACUAUUGUUUUUCCAAUAACUGUUUGACUCCUGUGACAAUUUGUUCAUUCUUUAAAAUACAUAAAUAACCUCAACUUGACUGCAGUAUUAAAUAUUUUUAUCUAUGGUUUACAUUGAGAUUGUGCUAUUUUAAAAAUACUUUGGGAGCUUUUAUGCUAAAUAAAGUUGGCUUUUUCUUUAAAAAAAAAAA